AUGACCUCAAAGUGGCCUCGACGUGUCUACACGGAGGAUGAAAUGGCAAAUGCUAUAUUGGACAUCACAAAAAAUGGCUUGUCGCAGUAUCGCGCUGCCCAAAAGUACGACAUACCUCAGCAGUCUAUUUCCAACAGACUCAAAGGCCAAGCAGCCUUGGCUGAUCAAAUCCAGUCUCAUAAACUCUCGAGGAAGACUCAGGAGGCUCUUCUGGUGUUCUGGAUCCUCCGUCAAGAGUCUCUCGGCUAUGCUCCCUCUCACAACAGUGGGCCGCAAUUGGGUCUCAAAUUCAUCCAUCGCCACCUGGGGAUCAAGAUCAAGCGUGGAAGACGUCAGGAAGCCAGUAGAUUUAACGCUUUCACGCCUCAGGCGGUUCACUGGUACUUCGAUAUCAGGGAAAAGGAGUAUGGAUGGAUUAAGCCGGAGAAUACCGUGAAUGCUGACGAAGGCGGUAUUAUGUCUGGCUUUGGUUUGGAUAGCCUUGUGGUUGGGAGUGCGGACCCAAAACGGAAGGCCCUUCUGAAAGGACCACAGUCCCGCAACUGGACCUCGUUUAUUGAAGCUAUCACUGCAGACGGCCGCGCCCUUACUCCUGGCAUUAUUUUCAAGGGCAAAGAACUCCAGAAGCAGUGGUUCUUGAAGGAAUUCGGCAGAAUAGCCGACUGGCAUUAUAUAACUUCGCCUAACGGGUGGACAGAUAACCAUAUUGCUAUUGAGUGGCUUGAGAGGAUGGACAUGGAAGCCAUGCAACGGAUGCAUGGAUGGCCACGUGCUUUUUGA